CGUUUUUUCAACAAAAUAAAUUAUAGUGUUUUGCUCCGCAUUCUGUGCAGCAUUUGUCGGGGUGUUGCACCGCUUUUAGUUCAGCUUCUUUUCUACGGUAAAGCUGCAACAAAUGAGGUUGUCGCCUCGUGCGGAGAGCGAGAGGAGAGGAGAGUCGCUGAAGUUAGAGGUCUGUUCUGACUGAGGAGAGCCAAUCUCACAGGUGAUGAUGUCUGAAGAAGCAGAGCUCAGAGACUGCGAUGAGGCUUUUGAGUCAGAAGAGGGCGAAGUGGAGCCAUAUCUGGAGGAGGGAGAGAGCAGCCGAGAGCUCCUGGAGAGGCUGCGAGAGCUAGAGGCUGAGAAUUCUGCCCUGGCCCUGGCAAAUGAGAGUCAGAGAGAGGCAUAUGAGAGGUGUCUGGAUGAGGUGGCAAACCACGUGGUGCAGGCCCUACUGAACCAGAAGGACCUGCGAGAGGAGUGCAUUAAGUUGAAGAUGCGUGUGUUCGACCUAGAGAGACAGAACCGGACCCUUACCGAGCUCUUCCACCAGAAAAUACACAAUCAACCAGGCCCCAGCCUACAGAUGCAGACAGGACCCAUCCCAGAGCAAGGCACCAUGACUCCACCCACGGGAUCGGAUAAGCCAGCGGAGUCCCCAUGUGACACGCCGAUCAAGAGCACUGGGGAGCAUACUAAGAAUGGGACACCGGGGACCCAAGGCCCGGCCGCCUCCAUGGAGGCCCUGUCCCCAUUCUUCAAGAAGAAAGCACACAUCCUGGAAGUCCUGCGCAAGCUGGAGGAGACAGACCCCCUGAAGUUCCAUCCCUCCUCAGGUCUCUCCUCCUACUGUGACUUCAGCCAGACCCUGGUCCCAGCAGAGAUGGGUCUUGCCUCCGUGAGCUUGCCCCCACAGCACAAGGCAGUGCACCAGCCUCACUGUCGCCAUUCCUGCUCGGAUUCCGAUGCGCACGAGUACAUAAACGGCAAGGGGGCAGGACCAGAUGACCACCGCCCAUGCCAGGAGAGCUGCCAGUCUUGCUUGAUUCUGUCCCAGAAGAACUUGGACAGCCUCUUGAAGUGUAACCUUAUCUGUGGCACUUCGCACCCUGCAGUUGUGGGGAACCUCGAUGGCCUGGAGUGGCCAGAGGCAAAGGGGGUGUCUGGCCAGAGUGCAGACUCCCAAAGCGAUACCACUCCUGCUGGCAGCACAAGCCAACCCCACACACACAGUACAUCAGCAGGGGAGUGCACUUCUCCAGCAGAGCACAGACACAAAGAGCCUGAAGACCUCCCACAGCUAGGGGUUGCCGACUCCCAUAUCAAAGACACUGGUCAGAACAGCCCUACCACUGGAGUUUCAGAGGGCCCCCCCCAGUUGGGUGAAUCGCAGAAUGGUGCCCACCAACCCCAGGAGACAUUCUCUGACACACCCUUUAGCACUACCAAUCCUGCACAAUGUAAACUGCCACCAAGGGAUGCUGACGCUCUCCCUCUGAAAGAGGACAUGAAGCACAUGAGCGCUGUGACCUUACAGAGCCUCAACACAGGGCCAGUCAUGGAGACAACAGAGGAGUGCUACUUCAAAGUGGCCGCGGAGGUGGCCAAUGUUAAAAACAGCUUGUAUGCUGCUACCUCAAACCUGCCUGUCCCUGUGCGGGCAGACAGCACCCAGAUUGCUUACUGUGAGCAAGAGACUAAGGAGCAGAUCUGCAAUGGGCUGUACUUCUCCUCCAACGAGAGCUGCAUGUCCAAAAAGGUGGCGGUCGAGUCCUACUCUCCAGCCACUCCGUCUGAGAAGGGCACCAUGGCUCAGCUUCCCCCUGCUGGUAAAGGCAAACUUGUUCUCAGUCCCACCUCUCCCUCAUGCCUCAGCGAGGUCAAGGCUUCCCCCAUUUCCUCCCCCUCCAGGCUGCUCAAGUUCCUGAAGAUACCAUCCAUUGGAGAGAGGGGGCAAGGCAGCAACCCCCUUCGGCUCAGCCCCCAGCUCACACGCAGCUCCAGGAUCCCCUGCCGUAACAACUAUGAGGUGUUCCACUCCCCUGCUGCAGCCCGAAAGGCCACCACGACCGAGAGGGACAGGCAGCCGACCCCCUCCAAAACGGACCCCUACCCCGCCACACACUCUGCGCCAACCUCACCACCCAAGCCCGAGGGUGCGUGCUCACCCCCUGCCAAGGAGAUCAGCUACAGCAGCCACUCCGCCCCCAAAGCCAGCCGCAGCACCAAGCUGACGCCGAGCGCCCAACAGCCCAAGGGCUUCCAGAAGGUGCCCCUCUAUGAGAAUGUCUCGGACCUCUCCGUUUCCUGCCCGGUGGACGGGGAUGAGGCGCCCCAGUUCCUCGAGAGACUGAAAGCAUCUCGUCUUGUACCCUACCCUAAAAAUGAAGACGCCCUCCUGGAGAAACGGCCCAGCUCCUUGGAGGAGGGGCUUCUUGGCCCUGGCCUCAAGCAGCACGACCUGUUGCUUGGGACAGAUUGUUCCCGUGGCCCUGCGUCAGCAGAUCAUGAUGCUUCCACAGAUAAUGAUGGCUGGUACCAGCUCCACAGCCAUCACAGCCUGCCAGACUCUGCUGCCCUUCAUAAAGCCCAGAACAGCUGUCAUCACCCCAGCACAACAGAUAGGCAGCAUGACCCAGGUGCUUUGGACACCACCUUGCCUAGCUCCGAACUCUCUCAGUCCCCGGCCAUUACAAAGGGGACUGACCCGCCAACAGUUCCCAAGAAAUCAGCAGCGGGGAAACCUCAUAGCGAAUCCAGUCACCAUGCAUUCAAAGAGCGCUUAGCUGCUCUUGGAAAGCUGAAGAGCACAGAAGACUUGCAAGUCAGCAUGCAGUCCAAGGACAAGGAAGAUACUGUGCAGUGGAAUGAGAGCAAAGCUGAGAAAAGCAAAACAGCAGAGAGGCAAGUCGACCGUAAUGCAGGGGAACAUAGGCACUCAAAAUACACAGACUCCCUUGACGGUAAGCCAUACCCAAAAGCCAAUCUUAGCGGCUAUGCUGGGAAGUUCCCUGGCCCCUCUCUGCCUUAUGAACUGGGGGCUAAAUCACUGCCGUCUGGCUCAUCGGUCACUAAGGUGGAGCAGGAAACCUUCUCAUCCAGAAUGUGUGUGACAAAGACAGAGAGCCCCAAGAUAAAGGCAGGCCUGCAGCCCUCCAACCCGGACCCCCCCCAGGUUUUGCGUAACUACAUGAAAUGUGCAGCCACUCCCUCACAGAACCUUCCUCACAAUGGCAAAAAUGCCCCCAGCCCUCAGAGCAGUCCUACCAAGGUUCAGUCUAAAUCUCCAUCCAAACCGGGCCAGGCAUCCUCCAACCCCAGAACAUGCAAACCCAUCCAGGAAGACCGUGCAGCUGCCCAGAAGCUCUGGUCGAAGUCAGAGGACAGAAGCAAGCUUGCUGCCAACAAGAAGAAGAGCUCUGCUUAUUCAGAGAGCCUGCCCCCGCCACCCUCAAGGCCAGUGGACAUGGAUGAGGACAAGAGAACCUUCACCCCUGGCCCACAGUCGGCCAUCGAGCAGAAGGUGAUGAAGGGGAUCGAGGAGAAUGUGCUGAAGCUGCAGGAGCAGGACCGGGGGCAGGCGGCCGAGGUCAAGCAGAAGGCCACCAACGGCAUUGCCAGCUGGUUUGGCCUACGGAAGAGCAAGCUGCCAGCCCUCAGCCGCAAGCUAGAGACAUCUAAGCCCAAGGAGGACAGGAAGGAGUGGAGGCUGGUGUCCUCCUCUGCAGGGAGGGACCCCAAAGCAGCCGCUAAGAAGAAGCUGGAGGUGGAGAGCCUGAACAUCUCGAAACUGAUGGAGAAGGCAGAAGACCUGCGCAAAGCCCUGGAGGAGGAACGAGCCUACGUGAACGGGGUGGCCCUGGACCGGCCCGGCAGAGGCCACUCCUGUGAGGUGGUGAUGAACCAGGCGCAGGGUCAGCUGUCAGUCAUGUACAGGGGCGUGGCCUCUGACAACUUCAUGCAACAGCUGCUUAACAGAGUGGAUGUGCGGGACGGCAGCAGUAUGGCGCUGGCGCAUCGACGCCUCUCUUUUGACUCGAAGAAGUCCCGGCCUGUCUUCAGCCAGCCGAGGAACGGCAUCAUCAGCCAUGCCAAGAGCAGAGAGGACAUGGAAAAGGGUUCAGACCUUGUCAGCAAGGAUGAUGUGACAGCAGAUGAGAGCCUGGCUGAAUCCAUGAAUUCUCAGCACUUUGCAGGCUGCAGUGCCUCCACGCACACCCUUGACAGCGGCAUCGGCACCUUCCCUCUGCCUGACUACAGUGGCAGCGCAGCAGGAAAAAGCAUCCCCAAGGUGAGGCCCCGGGGAGAGCGUGACUCCUCUGGCUCCCAUGGCAAACCAGGGCCUACAACGAAGGUUCCACGCAAGGCCCGGACGCUGGAGAGAGAGCUGACUUCCCUGGAGGAGGAUUGUCCUAGGGAGAAAGAGCUGAACUCCUCCGCCCUGUACGGACCUGCAGUGGACAGCAGGGGUCCGAGCACCCGCCUGUCCAGCACCAUCCGCGAAGAUGACGAUACCUUUGGUGAGCACAUGCGAUCUCCACCCUCAAAGAACUGGACUUUCCCCAACCUGAAAGUGUCCGAAGACCCCACUGAGGUAUACCUGGGGGUUACCGAGGGGGUGGAGCCAGCGCCCCAUGGGACUCCAUUCAGAAGGAGUCUGAAGCCAUGUGGUCCCCCAGGCCCCUGUGACACUGAUCCUGCCAGUCUUUCGCUGCCCCCCCAGGUGGGGCUGGGCCACAGGGGCAAGGGUCGGACUCCCAGCGCCCCCGAAGUGGGCAAGGAGGCGGGUCUGGAGCUGGUGAAGGAGCGGCAGGACGACGUCCUCUCCCCCAUCCGCCCCCAGGCCCUGGAGACCCCGGAGUCCCUCAGCGACUCUCUGUACGACAGCCUGUCCUCCUGCGGCAGCCAGGGAUGAUGGGCAGGGCGGGAUCCCUUCUCUCCGAGGAACCUCUGCCACGGCAGUGGCCGACAUCUUGGGGUUCUGCCUGGACACCCCCCCCCCAGCACAACUUUUCACACACUCUUCCUCAGGGUGACCGACGUGCACACCAAGCUAAAGAAGUGGACCGGCCACUGAGACCCAGCCGAGGGUCAAGGACAUGGACGGAACAUGCAGACCACACGAGAAAUGACAUUUCCCUAGUUCUUCCACAAAGAGGAAAUACACAGAUGGACCAGAUGCAUGGAAAUACAGUAGCUCUUUCACUUUUGGCCCUGUAAGUAAGCUGCCAACCUAACACAGGAAAAAUUAUACUCUCUCUACUGUCUUGACUGACAUUUGUUUAUCCCAAGGAAUAAGGUGGUGCAUCUGAGUUCUGAUGGCAGUGUCCUUUCAGACAGUUGUGAAAUUCCACCUAAUUACUUGGGUAUUGUUUGACAAAGCUGAAUUCCCUUUGGAGAGUCAAGAAAGUCUGGUUUCAAAAAUCUCCCCAUGAAGCAUCUGUCACCUGUAAAUGCAAAAGACUAAUGUAGUUAACUGCCAAACAAAUGUA